GUCAGAGUUCAUUGCAUGCAUGUUUACUAAUCAGAGUAUGCACUGAAACACUGGAGUCAGAUGAGCAUGAUCACAUGAAGACAUCCUUUAAUAAGAUGUUGAAUGCCCCAAAACAGAAGCUGAUCAGUACAUACAUCAUAGCUGGAAGUGACAGGGCCCUGCUGACCUCACAGGAGGCUCCAGAGGACGAGCCAGCGCUGGGACUUCGCCCGCUGUACAAGGCUCCAUUUGUUGCUGGGAAACUUGAUUUUUGUCUGAAGCACUUAGACGUCUUUCCUCUAGUGCUUCUGGGAUUCAUUCCUGUCCAUAUGGCAAGGAGUGUUCAUUUCACUUUAAAUAUGUUGCAGAGAGGAUGACUGCAGAGCGGAGGCAUAAGAAAGCUCUCCUCCUGAAUCCUGUUUUUGGAAGUAUGAGACACUGCAUUGACAUAAACACAUCUGUGCACGUGCAACACACCACCAACUGCUCUGAACACCUUGGCAACCACCCUAGCAACCACUGGCAGGCACCCAGGUCACUCUAUGAUAAUGGUUGCACAGGCAUUCUAUAGAAAACAUUGAAAAAAAAUAUCAUAAGAAGCUCUGGUCAUCAGCAGAUCAUCCCGAAUGAAAGGAGGCAGUGCAACUGAAAUCAUUCUGGAAACUAUUCUUCGGGCAGGACAUGAAGCUGCAUUUAGAGGAAAGAAAACAACACCUGAUUAAGUUUUAAUUCCACUUGUUUUUUUGUUUUUUUUUCUAAUCUAAUCUGAGGUUUAACUGGUUUAAUUGGUUGUAGAGUACCAACUAUAAAAUGUGCAUAUUACAUACAUUUCACAUACACACAUUUCUGUAGUGUUUUGUAACUGAAUACUAAACCUACCUGAAAAACUGAAA